AUGGUGAGGCUGUGGCGGUCGCGGGGCUGGGGGCCCCUGGCGAGGCUGCGACAGCGGCCGGAUAAGUUCGGGGGGGUGAGCGUGGACCUCGGCGAGCUGGGUCGCCCCCUCCGCCUGGAGCAGGCCGCCUUCGGGCGGUGGCUGCGGGGCGCCGUGGCACGGUGGCGGGAGGAAGGCCGCCUCGCCGUCUGGCUCCGCGUCCCCAUCCUCCAGAGCAGGUUUGCGGCGGCGGCCGCUUCGCAGGGCUUUGCUUUCCACCAUGCCGAGCGGGGCUCGUCCACCUUGACGCUGUGGCUAGGAGAAGGGCCCAGCAGGCUACCGGGGUACGCCACCCACCAGCUGGGGGUUGCAGGUGCUGUUCUAGAUGCAAGCACUGGAAGGGUGUUGGUCGUACAAGAUAGAAACAGGACUCUGAAUGCGUGGAAGUUUCCAGGAGGUCUGUCUAAUCCAGGCGAAGACAUCGGAGACACAGCAGUUCGAGAGGUUUUCGAAGAGACUGGCAUUAAGUCAGAGUUCAAGUCCAUCCUAAGCAUAAGACAGCAACACAAACACCCCGGCGCCUUUGGCAAGUCGGACAUGUACAUCAUCUGUCGCCUGGAGCCCUCCUCCUUCACCAUCAGCUUCUGCCAGCAGGAGUGCCUGAGGUGCGAAUGGAUGGACCUGGCUGAGCUCGCUAGGACGGAACACGCUACUCCCAUCACCAGCCACGUAGCUAAACUCUUACUUUACGGAUACCGGGAAGGGUUUGAGAAGAUCGAUAUAACCAUGAGGGAGUUUCCAGCUGUCUACACAGGCCUGUUCUACAAACUGUACCACAGGGAGCUGCCCGAGGCCUACAGAAACAUUACAUGAUAGCAAUACAUUUCACAUUUCAUUAUAUUAAUAAUUUAGAAUUAUUAAUCUAGUGUUAUUUAGACCAUAUUAAAAUUAUCCAUGGACUUCUUUUUAGGUAACUCUUAGAAAGUAAUUAUUUACUCUAUUCUCUAAUAAGCUAUAGAGAUAUAAAUUAUUUUUAAAGGUAAAUAUUGCUAUAAGUGUGCAUCAGAUCUGUUUUCCUUUACUCUGUAAAGCAAACAUAAAGUAAAUAAAAUAGCCCAACAUGGA